AACCAAUCAAAAUGUUCUAUAAUAAAUCUGACGCUUUUAAAAUAGAAGCUUUGUGGGUCUUCAGGACGUGUGCAGUAGUGGAAACGUGAUCCUUUUUUUUGGAGUGAAGACUUUGGGCAGCAUGAAGGCGUCUAUCUUUGUGUUCCUGAUUAUAAUGGGUGUUUUCUCUGAAGGUCAGGAGCUUCUGAAUAUCAAAGUUUGUUACACUCAGUGGUUUAACCGUGACAGUCCUACUGGAUUCGGAGAUUAUGAAACCCUCGACAGACUGAGAGUAGAAUAUCCAGGGAUGAUCUGCCUCAAACCUCUAACCAUUGAAGCCACAACGCUGUCUGGUCUUUCAGCUUCAAGCACUGGACAAGUGUUUGAAUACUAUGACCCAGUACAUGGUUUUGCCUGUGUGAAUUCUCAGCAGAAGCUCAGAAACUGUCUGAAUUACAAGGUGCGUUUUGGCUGCCGGUGUCCGUGGCCUCUUCUACACCCCCGGGUCGCCAUGUAACCACCUUCAUCUCUUUAUUUUUCCACUGUUCGGAUGUGUUCUCUCAACAUGACUGUGUGUGAGCUCAUGUUCUCAUGAACAUGACCUACAGAACCAACAUGUUAGUUGUGUUUUGAAUCAUGUGACUUAUUUCCUGUACUGAGAAACUGAGGGAAGUAAUAAAAAGAAAUUUUCACA